AUGUCAACAUUCUCUUGGUCGCGAGCAGGUGACGCUGCGCAGUCGACAGUGGCUGGCACUGGCUCGCAAUCGCAGAAGGCAUUAGAUUCGAAGCCGAUGGUUCCGAUUCUGGACCAGAUGGCGCGGGUCCGCGAGGCGUGGGACCCCACGAGUGCGAACUGUGCGUUCCAGCACUACUUUUACAACCGCGUGCCCAGCGAGCAAGCGCAGAUGUACGCAAUGCCGCCCGGCCAGGACCAGGCAAAGUGGGAGAAGGCGUUGGCCGAGCGGCCCGACGCUACGUGUGUGCCCGUGCUGGCGGUCGGGUUCGACGAUCUGCAGAUCCGACUCAAUCAACAGAACCAGCAGAUCAAUGCGUACAGAGUUCGGAUGCACGAGUUGAACGAGAAGCUGAAUGAGCUUUCCAACCGCCACGAUCUGCACACGUCUGUCAAACUACUGGAAAUGAAGGAGCGCCAGCUGACCCUGGCUCGAAAAACAUUGGCAUUGAUCGUGAAGCUCGAGGUACUUACAAACCGUGGCUGGACCCUGACUCCUGACGAGGAGCUGUAUAGGCAAAAGCUCAAGGAGCUGCUCAAACGUGCCGAGGACCCAGCGGUGUUUGGAUCGCUGAACGAGGUCGGGGCCCGCAUCAAGGCCAUGAACCAAACAAGCAAGCCGAGCGAGAAGCAGCCGCUGGACUGGGACAGAGACUCGGAGCAGCUCGAGUCGGUGGUCCGGGUCUUGGCCGCCCACCAAACCGGCAUCAAGUUUUUGGCCAAGCUGGUCUCCGAGGACAGUGCCCAGGUGGAUGCGGUUCUGAAGCGGAGCAGCGACGAGCCCAAGAAAGAAUUAAAUUAA